UUUAAGCAAAACACUGUUCUUUAUUUCCAGUUCCCACAAUUCUCAAUUAUUAUUUAUUGUUUAAUUCGAAACAAAAUGACGACCACGAGAAAAAACAUGUUACCUCAUGGUCUGGUUAACAAUCUCCAGGAAGUUCUUCUCAGCAGAAAAGGAGGGAACUCCGACCACGACAAAAACGACGAGCGACAGAAAAAAUCUGAGGUUAUUGCUGAUUCUGCCGAGACAUCUACUUCCGCUAGUGAUGAAAACGACAGCUCGAAGCCUGUCGUUUUGGUUACCAAUGGGGAAGGGAUCGAUUCCCUUGGCCUUGUUUAUCUCGUUCAAGCUUUGGUCGGCUCGGGCUUCUACAAUGUCCAUGUUUGCGCCCCUCAAUUGGAUAAAUCUGUUUCGGGUCAUUCGGUGACAGUCCGAGAAACGAUUACUGUUGCUCCAUCAGAAAUUGAAGGUGCCACUGCUUAUGAAGUUUCAGGAACUACUGUAGAUUGUGUAUCCUUAGCAUUGUCUGGGGCGUUGUUCUCAUCAUCAAAGCCUCUUCUGGUAAUUAGUGGAAUUAACCGAGGAUCGAGCUGUGGUCAUCACAUGUUUUACUCAAGUGUCGUGGCUGGAGCUAGAGAAGCAUUAAUUUGUGGUGUACCAUCUUUGUCGAUAUCAUUGAAUUGGAAGAGGGAAGAAAGCCAAGAAAGUGAUUUUAAGGAUGCAGUUUCUGUUUGUUUACCUUUAAUAACUGCUGCCAUUAGAGACAUUGAAAAGGCCGAUUUCCCCAAAAGUUGCUUUCUAAAUAUAGAAAUUCCUACGUCGCCUUCAACGAGCAAGGGUUUUAAAUUGACCAAGCAAAGCAUGUGGAGAUCUGCACCGAACUGGCUUGCUGUUUCAGCUAACCGGCAUCCUGCUUCUGCUGCACAUUUCAUGUCUAAUCAACAAAGCCUAGGACUCCAACUUGCACAGCUUAGCCGCGAUGCAUCUGCUGCUGGUGCUGCUCGACGAAUUACCACACAACGGCAAAAUGUGGAGUUAGAAUCGGUUGGGGCUGUUAAAUCUGGUAAUAAAGUGAAAAAGUACUUUCGACUGGAGUUUAUAAAUAAAGAACAUGAAGAUGCGGACGAGGAUUUGGAUUUCAAGGCCCUUGACAACGGAUUCGUCACCGUAACCCCUAUACUGCUUUGUCCACAAAUUGAGUCGGACAUUCAAACCGCCGCAUCAGAUUGGAUCUCCAGUGUGCUUAAGGAGGAGCAAUAGAAAUCUUUUAAUCACUCAAAAUUUGUAUACAACUGCGGGAGGCAUUACAUUAAGUCAUCAAUUGAAUCUGUGUUUGAUUUUGUAUUUU